CCCUGGGCCAGCCUGGAGAGAGCCACGGCCAUGCCGGGUCCCCAGUGUCUGCGGGCACCCCAGGAAGAGAGGGGCCACGGUGACCCCGCUGCCAAGAGCACGUUGGCGACCUUGGCACCGCGCUGCGCGUCCGCGCGUCCUGUCAGAUGGCGGAGGAUCUUAAGCAGGCCACGGCCACCCAGCAGGUCUUCCAAGAACUUCAGCUUCAACCCGAAGCUGCACCCAUCUGACUCACCCGGGGCCUCUGGGGACAAAAAGAAAGAACGGGCGGAGGACAAAGCCCAGGAUCUUGAUAGCAGCCAAGGACAUGCUUCCUUCUUCGCCACGGCUUCAGACCCCCGUGUCACCGAGUUUCUGCACAAGCAAAGCCCUCACGGCGUGGAAUUCGUCCCCCGCACACGUCAGCCGCCAAUGAAGCUGAGAGGCAGCUUUGAUUCGACAAAAACACUAAAUGCCAAUGAUAUGGAGACGCUCACUGAAUGUCAGUCAGAGGGCGAUCUCAAAGAUCACCCCCUGUUGAUGUCAUGCACAAGUGAAGACAGUGUUUGCCAGCUAAGCGAAGUUAAGAAGAGGAAGAAAGUGCUGUCCUGGCCCUUUCUCAUGAGAAGGCUCUCCCCUUCGUCAGAUUUCUCCGGAUCUUUGGAGCCAGAGUUGAAAGUGUCACUGUUUGAUCAGCCCCUGCCCGUCAUCUGUGGUGAGGAGGACACACUUCCAAGGCCCAUUCAGGACAUCCUCACCAUCCUCUGCCUCAAAGGCCCUUCCACAGAAGGAAUCUUCAGGAAAGCCGCGAGCGAGAAGGCCCGCAAGGAGCUGAAAGAGGAGCUCAACUGCGGCGGCGCCGUGGAGCUGGACGGGCUCCCCGUGCACCUGCUGGCGGUGGUCUUCAAGGACUUCCUCCGUGGCCUGCCCGGGAAGCUGCUCUCCUGCGACCUGUUCGAGGACUGGAUGGACGCCCUGGAGCAGCAGGAUGACGAGGACAGAAUCGAGCCCUGAAGCAGUAAGGUUGCAGAUCGACUCCCCCGGCCCAACCUUCUUCUGCUCAAGCACCUGCUCUAUGUGCUGCACCUGAUCAGCAAGAACGCCGAGGUCAACAGGAUGGACUCCAGCAACCUGGCCAUCUGCAUUGGCCCCAACAUGCUCUCACUAGAGAACGACCAGCACCUGUCUUUCCAGGCCCAGAAGGCCUUGAACAAUAAGGUUAAGACCCUGGUGGAAUUCCUCAUCGACAACUGCUUUGAAAUAUUUGGGGAGAACAUUCCGGCUCAUUCUCGCCUCACUUCCGAUGACUCCCUGGACCACACCGACAGCUCAGACGUGUCCAUGCUGCAGAACGACUCGGCCUACGACAGCAACGACCCUGACGUGGAGAGCCACAGCGCCGUCGGCUCCCCGGGCCGGCCGGGCCCCGCGCUGGCGGCCACGACUGCCGGCUCGGACCCCGGGGACCCCGUGGUUAGCACGGUGGCCAGGCUGAAAAGGGCGAUGGGGCAGCAGGAGAGGCGGUUCUCGGAGCCCAGCGUGUCGCCCUCGCAGGAGUGCCUGGAGAGCCGGCUGACCACCCGCAAGCUCACCAAGAGCCAGGACGACUUCACCGCGCCCCGGCCGGGCCCCGGCGGCCGCGGCGGGCAGGCGGAGGAGUCCUUUCCAGCGGGAGGCAAACCCAAGAGGCCGGCGGACCUGAAGCUCCAGCCCGCGGGCCCCCCGGGGCCGGCGCCCGAAGCCUUCUCCAGCGGCUCCCUGGACGGCUCCUCCGACAGCUCCCCCGGACCGUCUCCUUCCUGCCCCAAAAGAAAUUUCUUCACCAGACACCAGUCUUUCACGUCCAAGACCGAACAGGGCCAGCCCAGCAGAGACGUGAAGAAGCACUCCAUGUCCUUCUCCUUGGCCUCCCACAGAAAAGCCCUGCCCCGAAGCCCCAGCUUUGAGGCUGGGAAACCCAAGGACAUGACCAGAGAGCACGGCAAGAAAGGCUGGAGGAAGGAAAGCCAGCUGGCCGGCCGGAUCGUCCAGGAAAGCCAGGCGGACGUCCACAGCCACGCGGCUCCCGGCCUCCGCUCGCCUUCCUGGGCGCUCUCGGCGGACGACGUCUUCCAGUGGACCGACAGGGGCACCCCAGGAGGCCCGCCAUCUUACCAGGAGGCCCUGCAGCUGCAGGCAUCUGGAUUCUAUGGAAGCCAGACCGUUGGAAGCAUGAGAGCGAGGCUGCUCAGCCAGGACUCCAAGCCGCCGCCCCUUCCGCACGGGCAGGGCGUCUCCGGUGGAGGGACGCGGGGUGACCACACGCCAUCUCCCACGACUGAGCACCGGAAGCAGAGCCUGACUGUGGGUGUCUCUGUGGAAACUCAAGCUGGACCUGAAUUCCACCGACUGAGGACCAGAUCGGAGUCUGUGCAGAAAGGGAGGCAGGACUCUCUCCGGCGACGGUGUAGCCAGCCGCGCUUCGAUGCUGACCAACUCCAGUAUGCGAAGGAAUCCUACAUUUAGGACGGGAGCCUUGAUCCGUGGCUGGCUUGUGGAGUGUGUACAUACAGGACUGCAUGAGGAACUGCUUGUAGACUGUGUUCUCUAGAAAGUCGUGAGUAAGCUCCUGUAGAAGGUGGAACGGAAUCCUCCCGUGCAAGGUACAUCGGCUAGCGCGUGUACCUGGGUCUGUGCAAUAUCUCACAAGUGUGUAAAAUGUAUUAGAGAGCAGGUGUAGGUGCAAAGGAUGUUUGCAUGAAUCCUUGCUCGUAUGUGUUGGCGUUCUCUAACCCGUUAUCCUUUGUCCCUGAGGGUACAUUUCUAUAGUGCUUCUAAAAUCACCUUUGUCUUUUUAUUCCUGUUGCCUCAAAGGCCAUGCAAGUUUUCACAAACUGUAUGUAGGGAACAGUGUCUAGACCUCUGGUGUCAGUUUACUCUAGGAAGCAAGCUUGUAAUAGCUAGUCAUCACAGCAGAAGAAAGAAAGAGACUGCAAGCCACAGAGUUUGGGAUAUGAAGUUGUCCAAGGCAGUUGGAAAAUAAAACAUAAUGAAAAUUAUUUUGUAAAAUACUUAACUAUCUCCUUUCCAAUAGUUAAUUAACAAGGGAGAGGAGGAAGCGUGUUAGAGCUGUGUUAACUCAUUUAGUGUGCUGUGUGUGCUUCUUUGUAGUCCAGGAGGCAACAGUGGAUCGGUUAAUGGUUUUAUACACACUGGGGGUCCUAUGUAAAGCUUCAGUGGAAUUUCACUACAAUAAAUUGCCUUCCUUCUUUGAACGUAAAAACAAAUCACUGUUUAUUGAUAUAUUGCCCUCUCCCCCUCAGUUAAUAGAAGUCUACCAAGAAAAUUAUUUGUAUGCUGUUUCAGUUAAUAAACAUUCAUGGACUACUAUAUAUCCAGCGUUCAGGCCAAAUGGCAAGCCUGGGAAUCUCAUGUCUAAGAAACACAGUCCCUGUCCCCCAGGAGUUUGAAAAAGAAAAAAAAAUUUAAACACUUUAAGCCAUUUUUUAAUAAGCAUCUGAGAGCCAAAAAAUUUUACUAUGUAAAUACAGGAUAAUGAAACAUAUGUUACAGUUCUCA